CUGCCCACCUCCUCCGCACUACAUCCGCCCCCGAGGUGCCAUACGCGCGCGGCAACAUGCCGUUCCAUGGCCACCACCACCAGAGCUCGGCCUUCACCCCGUCGCAGGGCCUCGGCCAGGCUGCACAGGCUUUGGGCAGCAUUGGCGCGCCCGCGGGCAACCUCCGCGUAGCCACCUCAGGCACCACCAACGCCGGCACCGAUGCCCUCAUGCCAGGCAGCGGGAGCGUGCAGUCUCCUGCCAGCAGCGGCCCGCACGCCGGAGGACACACUGCGCCGCCGACGGCCGGGGGUCUUUCGAACCCACCGCCGCAGCAGCAGGCGCGAAGCUUCGAGCCGCGGCGGGCAGCCACCAACGAGGAGCUGCACAUCAACACCAUGCAGUCGCAGUCGUCGGCAUCCAUGUACAACUCGCCUGGCGAGUACGGCGCACAGAACGCCAGCCUCCACCACGCAGCCCCAAACACGCAGUACGGCAACAGCAGCGCGCCGCCCGUCCCUGGCAGCCUGCAGCCGGGCGCCCAACAGCAGCAGCAGCAGCAGCAGCAGCAGCAGCGACCCGGCGCGGCGACCACAUACACUGCACCGUCGGCCGUGCCUACCAUACCCCAGAUCAACACGGUGAACGCCAAUUCUCAGCAAUACACGCUCCCCACGCGCACAAUGAGCCAGAACCAACCCCAGCAUUCCUCCUCGCAUACCUACUCGCGAUCCAGCCCGGCUGGCCUGGGGCCCGACCAGAAGUAUAUUCCUUUUUCAAACACCCCCGAGAGCUCCAAGUACGCCGCCGGUACCCCUGCCCAGAAAUACUACCCUGCGACCCCGUCGGGCGCAGCUUCCAACUCACCGCUGGGCCUGGCCGACAUCCGACCGCGCGCAAACUCCAACAUGGGCGAGGAGGCGACCGGCGCAGGCACCUUGUUCGUCGAGAACGACCGUCAGCCUUCCAACAGUAGCUAUCUCACGCCCUGGCCUGCAUACGCAUUCGACUGGUGCAAGUGGAAUGUCCAUGGCGGCAAUGGCGCUGGCAAGAUGGCCGUGGGAAGCUACCUUGAAGACACACAUAAUUUCAUUCAAAUUCUUGAUACCCACCUCGUGCCGCAAGACGUCUCCUCGCCGGGCGCCCCCCAAUACGGCCUCGAAUACACGCGCGUGGCCGAGGCUACCUGCUCCUACCCCGUCACGCGGAUACUGUGGGAACCGCCGUCCACCCAGAAACAGUCGACCGACUUGCUCGCAACCUCUGGCGACCAUCUGCGGCUGUGGUCGCUUCCCCAGAGCACUGGACCAACACCUAGCAACACGAUCACACGAACCUCCACGGUCAACACGAGGGAACCUCCGCCGCAGAAGCUGACACCAUUAGCGCUGCUUUCCAACUCCAAGACGCCCGAGCACACCGCACCACUCACUUCGCUCGACUGGAACACACUAUCUCCGAAGCUCAUAAUCACCUCGAGCAUAGACACAACCUGCACCAUCUGGGAUAUACCGACCUUGACGGCCAAAACACAAUUGAUCGCGCACGACAAGGAAGUCUUCGAUGUGCGCUUCUGCGCAGGUAGCGUCGACGUGUUUGUCAGCUGCGGUGCAGAUGGCAGCGUGCGAAUGUUCGACCUCCGAAGCUUGGAGCACAGCACCAUCAUCUACGAGCCGUCUGAGAAGCCGCCUGGACAGGGCGACAAAGAUUCUCCUGGUGGUCGCAUGUCACCCACCAAAGCCCAGCAGACCAUGUCUUACGCGCCACCCCUUCUCCGCCUCGCCGCCUCUCCCCACGAUGCACAUCUCCUCGCCACAUUUGCCGCCGACUCAAAUCUCAUCCGCAUCCUCGAUGUGAGACAACCCGGACAAGCGCUCUUGGAACUUCGAGGCCACUCGGCAUCCGUCAACUCCAUAGAAUGGAAUCCUUCCCGAAGAGGGAUGCUCGCCUCCGGCGGAGACGACUCGCUCGUGCUCGUCUGGGACCUCCUGCACUCGCAGAACGGCGCAGUGAUAGGCGGCGACCAUGCUGCUCAGCCGCCCACGCCCGCGAGCGCACAUCCUCCCAACGGCGGACAGGGAGCAGCUGCUCAGGGCUCGGGAGGCACAAUGGGCCAGAAAGGGCCGUACGCUAGCUGGAGGUGCGAGUACGAGGUCGGCAAUCUCAGCUGGGCACCGCAGAGCGCGCUGACGGGGUCGGGCGGCGAGUGGGUGGGUGUCUGUGGCGGCAGAGGUAUAUGGGGCGUGAAGCUAUAGGAAGAAAAGCGUCCCAAGGAUCCGUUGGCAAAGUUCUGCACUGUGUAUGAUUGAUAAAGCGGGUUUUGGCUGGCAUUGGGAGACUGCGCAUGGGUCUAUGAUGGAUCGAUUGCAAUGCGAUGCUUUGAGAGCGUUGGGCGGCGUUUUGCUGUGUUGUCUGUGUUGGGGCUGGCUGUGAGGGCUGGCGGGGCGUGGCGAGUAUGAUACCUCUAGAUGUGGUGUGUAUGUGCAUGAUGGACUGCAUGGAAAAACAAGGGCUGAUGAUGGGAAAGGCAAGCUUACCAGACCAAAUGAAUAAAAUCCGAU